CUUCCCGAAGGAACCGUGCUGCUGAAGUGCACAAUCUCUCAGAAAGGAGACGAAGAGACAGGAUCAAUGAGAAGAUGAGGGCAUUGCAACAACUCAUACCUCACAGUAACAAGACAGACAAAGCAUCUAUGCUAGAUGAGGCAAUAGAAUAUUUGAAAUCACUUCAGUUUCAGCUUCAGAUGAUGUUGAUGGGAGCUGGCAUGACACCAGUGAUGAUUCCAGGCAUUCAGCACUACAUGUCUCAAGUGGGUAUGGGAUUUGCGACACCUUCUGUGUCUAAUCAUAUGAAUAUACCAAGAGUCCCACUCGAUCAAUCCAUAUCUAUGUCUCAAGCACCAAAUCAGACUGUAACAUUCCAAGCUCCUGUUCUGGGUCCCCUUAAUUACCAAAAUCAUAUGCAAAAUCCAGCUCUUUCUGAGCAAUAUGCACGCUGCAUGGGCUAUCAUCUUAUGCAAAGUGUCUCUCAGCCAACGAAUGCAUUCAGUUAUGGUUCCCAGGCAGUACAACAUAGUCAAACCAUGAUUCCGCCUAGCAAUAGCAAUGGACCCGUGCGUGGGGCUGCUAAUACCAAUGAUGCUGUCGGUGGCAGGAUGGGAAUUCCAGUCACCAUGUGAACAGCCCACGAAAAAUCUCCUUCUAAAGCAGUCACGUCCUUGGACUUUGAAAAAUGGAGCUUUUCUUCAGUGAUCCUUGAUAUUGAAUUCCUCCCAAUUCAUUAUGAUUGCUGGCAUUCUGAACUAGCAUACUACAGAAGAAAAUGCCAAGCAGAUAAUUUCAGCACCUAGGUUACCCUUAAUUGAGAUGGUCUCAAACAGUGGCUUGUAGCUGGUUGCAAGAACUGUCCUUAUCAUUUUCUAAAUACAUGACAUAGUUAUACGUCUCAUGAAACUGACUAUUAUUGAGUGUCUAAUGUGAAUGCUAGUUAUCCAGUAUCAAAAUUUUCAUGUCAUUCUUCAACCUUAAAGAUAACCUUAAGCGUUAUCUUUUAUUCAUUUCCCAUUUAUAUGGAAUUGUUCUUUGUUGGAUCCUCUUACAUUUACUCCUGAGUUUCUUCGUUCUAAGACCUCUA